AUGCGGUGGUUCCGCCUAAGCCCAAUCAAAAGCCCGCUGAAUCUGAACCUGAGCCCGAGGCGUUCAAUCUCGUUCAGAGCUUUGGUUCCUCUCUGGCCGGGUUUCGCUUCUCCUCGCUCCCUUCUGAGAUCGUCAAUUCCAAUGGCGGCCAUCCACAACCACACCAACAGCGAACCUGGGCUUGCCAGACGCUUCUGGAUCAAGUUCACGCGCCAAUCCAUCUUCGCCAUGUACACUCCCUUCGCCAUCGCCUUGGCCUCCGGUAAUUUGAACAUCGAUUCCUUUCACCAUUACAUCGCUCAAGACGUCCAUUUCCUACGCGCCUUUGCUCAAGCGUAUGAGUUGGCUGAAGAAUGUGCUGAUGAUGACGAUGCGAAACUUGGAAUCUGUCAGUUGAGGAAGGCAGUACUAGAGGAGUUGAAGAUGCACAGCUCGCUGGUACAGGAAUGGGGGUUGGACCUUACCAAAGAGCACAGUAUUAAUUCUGCAACUGUUAAGUACACAGAUUUCCUGCUGGCUACAGCCUCUGGGAAGAUUGAAGGACUAAAAGGUCCUGGUAAACUUGCUACACCGUUUGAGAAAACAAAAAUUUCUGCGUAUACUUUAGGUGCCAUGACUCCUUGCAUGAGGCUUUAUGCCGUUUUGGGAAAGAAAUUCCAGGAACUUUUGGAUUCCAAUGAAGGUACUCACCCGUAUAACAAGUGGAUCGACAACUAUUCCUCUGAUGGUUUCCAGGCUACUACUCUGCAAACUGAAGAUUUGCUCGACAAACUAAGUGUCUCUUUGACUGGUGAAGAACUUGAUGUCAUUGAAAAGCUUUAUUCCCAAGCAAUGAAGCUUGAAAUAGAGUUCUUUUCUGCACAGCCACUCUUUCAGCCGACUAUAGUACCCUUGACUAAAGAACAUAAGCCUGUGGAAGAUCAUCUCAUAAUUUUUUCUGAUUUUGAUUUAACAUGCACCGUUCUUGAUUCGUCUGCGAUCUUGGCUGAAAUUGCUAUAGUGACAGCACCAAGAUCUGAUCAGAAUCAACCUGAAGAUCAGAUUGUUAGGAUGUCAUCUUCUGACCUCAGGAAUACAUGGGGCUUUUUAUCUAAACAGUAUACAGAGGAGUAUGAGCAAUGUAUAGAAAGCAUUAUGCCUUCUGAUGCAUUGGACUAUUUUGAUUACAAAGAAUUGUCUAUGGCCGUGGAGCAACUUUCAAAAUUUGAGAACACGGCAAAUAAUAGGGUUAUCGAGUCUGGGGUACUCAAGGGUAUAAGUCUAGAAGAUAUAAAGCGUGCUGGAGAGCGGUUGAUCCUUCAAGAUGGAUGCACUAAUUUCUUUCAAAGCAUCGUUAAGAAUGAAAAUUUAAAUGCAAACGUGCAUGUUCUUUCAUACUGCUGGUGUGUUGACCUCAUAAGGUCUGCUUUCUCUUCAGCUGAUUUAAAUGAGUUGGAUGUUCACGCUAAUGAGUUCACUUAUGAGGGAUCUGUUUCCACGGGUGAAAUUGUUAAGAAAGUGGAGUCUCCUAUUGACAAGGUUGAAGCUUUUCGGAACAUACUGAAAGAUUGCAGUGAUGACAAGAAGAAAUUAACUGUUUACAUCGGAGAUUCAGUGGGUGAUUUACUUUGCCUACUUGAAGCAGAUGUAGGAAUUGUGAUUGGUUCAAGUUCAAGCCUUAGGAGAGUAGGGACACAGUUUGGUAUUUCGUUUGUUCCAUUGUAUUCUGGCUUGGUUAAGAAACAGAGAGAAUACGUUGAAGGAAGCACUUCUAAUUGGAAGGGUUUAUCUGGGAUUCUUUACACAGUCUCUAGUUGGGCUGAAGUGCAUGCUUUUAUUUUGGGUUGCUAG